AUGGAACGCAGGGAGGAGAGGAGCGCAGACAGCAGGCCCCCGCCCUUUAUCUUCCCUCCUCGCCGCAAUUUUAUCCGCCGCCCUCGUGGUUCACCCGCAGAUCCAGAUCGAUCCCUCCACCGCGCCCACCUCGCCCACCUCCGCCACUCUCCGCCACCACCCGCGUCCCCGCGGUCCCGCUCCCCUCGGCUAUCCCCGACCCCCCUCGGCCCCUCCCUCCCUCCCUCCCUCCUCCGUCCGCUCCCUCCGUAUAUAACCCCAUGGUCACCAGGCCGCCCAGCGCCACGACAUCCCCCUCGCCCCCUCCCGCUCCGCCGUCGUCCUAUGGACCGUCCGUCAUCCAUCUUCGAUUCGCUUUUUUUCCAAGUGUCGCCCGUCCGGGCCGAGGACGCGCAUCGGAUCGGUGUCGCAGAUCAACCGUCGAUGAUGCUGUGCUCGAUCUUAUCUCUGACUGGCCUCGCAACUUACUUAUCGCCCGCCGCGCCCGUGUGUUACGUUCCAGGACGCGACGCGCACCCUUUCGGUGCCCUCGGGCGCCCUGUUGCGGCCGCGACCGCGACUGCCCACCCGCCGCGUACCGCUGUCGUCGUGCACGCAUGCACGCACUCCAUGCACGCGCGGGCCCAGAGCCUUCCAUCGCAGCUCUCGCACCCGCUUCUGUCUUCCUCACAACACCCUUCCAUCGCACGCACGGCCCCCAGUCCCUCUCAACUCUAUCUGCCCGGACCAGCUCGUGCCCACCCGCGCGCCCGCCCGCACCACGAUCCUCGCACGUUCCGUGACGAUACUGCGCCCGAGGCGCACGCCGCUGCACGAUCCACGAACAGCACACAUCGGCCCCCACCCCCGUCGUCGACCCUUUCCGCACCUUUCUAUCUAUCUGUCAUUUUUCUAUCUACCAUCUUUUGA